UUCGAGAUGUGUAGAGAAGUCUGCGCUGGGUGAGGGACCCGGGCCCAGAUUCGGGUCCCCUGGGCUGGGGGCACCGGCGAAGCGGGGGCCCGGAGGCGCCGGGGGACACAGGCUGGAACGCGUGGCCCGGGCGGAACUCUGGGAAGAAGACAUGCCUACUUGGAGGGAUGCCUCCAUGACCCCUGACCGCUUUGCGGUGUCUGCUGAGGCAGAGGACAAGGUUCUGGAACAGCAGGCCCGCUUGGAGCGCAUUUUCAGUGUGGAGAUGAGUGUCCUCUCCAAAGACUGUCCUGAGAACCCUCACAUCUGGCUGCAGCUUGAGGGCCCCAAGGAGAAUGUCAGCAGAGCCAAGGAGUACCUGAAGGGUCUUUGCAGCCCAGAACUACAGAGUGAAAUCCAGUACCCACCCAGACUGCACUGCAUCUUCCUGGGAGCCCAGGGCUUCUUCCUUGACUGCUUGACUUGGAGCACAUCAGCCCACCUGGUACCCCGGGCACCCAGCUCACUGAUGAUCAGUGGCCUAACGGAGGCCUUUGUCAUGGCUCAGAGCCGGGUAGAGGAGCUAGUGGAGCGGCUGAGCUGGGACUUUCAGCCCCGGCCAUGCCCUGGAACUUCUCAGAGUGCUGGUGUACUGAGAGAUUUCUCUGCUCUGCUGCAGCACCAGGAGGAUGCCCACAGAGAGGCUCUGCUGCAGCUGCCUUUGGCUGUCCAAGAAGAGCUGCUGAGUCUGGUGCAGGAAGCAUCCAGGGGACAGGGGCCACAAGCACUUUCCUUUUGGGAGGGGUGGAGCCCAGGUCUGUUGGGUGCUCAGUGCCAGGGAGUCGGGGCUCUCCAGAAUGAAGGCAGGGGAUUCCUGGAUGCUGGAGCUUCUGUGGGGCAGGGAGCAUCAAAAGCAAGGCAAGAGAGUCAUACUGUGGAGAAGGAGGGAAGGAAACAGUACAGUCCCAGGGAGAUGGUUUUAGGGUGGAAGGAGCUACGUGGGGAAGAGGCCUGGGAGAGAGAAGUGGCUUUCAGGUCACAGUCACCAGGAUGCGUAGGGGAGGUGGGGCCCCUCAAAGGACAAGUCUUGGGGAAGGAAGGAGUGUCUCAGGAAAAAGAAGGGGUCAGUGUCCAAGGUGAGCCUCCUGGUACCCAUAACUCCUGUCAGAGGGCAGCUCCACCCCGAGGAGCCUCCCUCCUCCAGCGGCUCCAUAAUGGGAAAGCCUCACCUCCAAGAGUACCUAGCCCUCCACCUGCACCUGAACCUCCAUGGCCCUGUGGAGACCGUGGAGAUCGGGGAGACAAGCAGCAGGCUGUGGCUCGGGGUCGAGGGUCUCCAUGGAAACGAGGCACCCGUGGGGGCAACCUGGUGACUGGCACACAGCGUUUCCAGGAGGCCCUACAGGAUCCUUUCACCCUGAGCCUUGCCAAUGUUCCUGGCCAGCCAGAUCUCCGCCAUAUUGUCAUUGAUGGCAGCAACGUGGCCAUGGUGCACGGCCUCCAGCACUACUUCUCUAGCCGGGGCAUUGCCAUUGCUGUGCAGUACUUUUGGGACCGUGGACACCGUGACAUAACUGUCUUUGUGCCUCGGUGGCGCUUCAAUAAGGAUGCCAAGGCCAGAGAGAGUCACUUCUUGCAAGAGUUGUACUCCCUCAGCCUGCUCUCCCUUACCCCCUCACGAGUCAUGGAUGGCAAGAGGAUCUCCUCUUAUGAUGACAGGUUCAUGGUGAAGCUGGCUGAAGAGACUGAUGGGAUCAUUGUGUCUAAUGACCAGUUCCGGGACCUGGCAGAGGAGUCUGACAAGUGGAUGGAGAUCAUCAGAGAGCGUCUGCUGCCCUUCACUUUUGUGGGAAACCUCUUCAUGGUUCCUGAUGACCCGCUGGGGCGAAAUGGCCCCACCCUGGAUGAGUUCUUGAAAAAGCCAGCCAGGAAACAGGGCUCUUCUAAGGCUCAGCAUCCUUCCAAGGGAUUUGCAGAACAUGGUAAUCAGCAGCAGGGGAGGGAAGAGGAAAAAGGCAGUGGUGGCAUUCGGAAGACCCGGGAGACAGAGCGGCUGAGGCGCCAGCUGCUGGAGGUGUUUUUGGGUCAGGAUCACAAGGUGGACUUCAUUCUGCAACGGGAGCCAUACUGCCGGGACAUUAACCAGCUGUCUGAGGCCCUGCUGAGUCUCAACUUUUGAGCCUUACUUGGCUGCGUGGCUGCUACCCUGAUAGCUCCAGCUUCCCUCAGCUCACCGCCUUAUGUAACAGUCCCUCUGCUGCUCAGACUCUGACGGACUCACUCUGAAUUGGUGCUUUGGGUCAGGGAAGAGCAGUCAAGUGUGGGGAAUGCUUUUGCCUGGAGCACUUUGGCUAUAGGUCCAUAAAGUGACCCAAUCUCGAGUCAGGACCUUAACUCGCUCUGAAGAGAUUCUGCUCAGCCUUAACUUCUCAACCUUGUCUUAACACAGGGUUUCUGUAGGGAGAGGGGCUGUUCCUGGAGAUUGGGACUGCUGGCUCCACCUUCAAGCUGAGUUGGGAUGGAGGCCAGGGUGGACCAGAGGUGGCUUUCAAGCUGAGCCUUUCUUCCCCCUGGCUGCUGCUCUUGAUAUCUAGAGGACAGGGUACUUCUCAGGCUGAACUGUCUCCUGGGAGUAUGUUGGGGCAUGCUAGGCCAUGGAGGGGCUAUAGUUUUAGGUGGGCUGGGUUGCAGUGGGGUAGCAGGGAGCAGAGGGAGACCAGGCUUCCAGUCUCUGCUGUGCCUGUCUUGUGACUUUGAUUGAACUGCUUGGCCUUUCCUUCUGCCUUUAAAUCAGGUAAUAAUACCUGUUGGGAGGAGAGAUGUGAGCAUAGAGGAAAGUUCCUUGGAUCAUGUCUCAGGUGUUUAUGCCUGUGACUUCACAGGCUUCCUAAGUAAAGCCUCACUUUUAGAGAGAUGUGGAUCUCCCAU